AAUACGGACGGAGCCUUGAAGAUGACAUUCGCUCUGACACAUCAUUCAUGUUCCAGCGGGUGCUGGUGUCUCUGUCAGCUGGUGGCAGGGAUGAAGGGAAUUACCUGGAUGACGCUCUCAUGAGACAGGAUGCCCAGGAACUAUAUGAAGCUGGAGAGAAGAAAUGGGGGACAGACGAGGUGAAAUUUCUGAGCAUACUGUGUUCCCGAAAUCGCAAUCAUCUCUUGCAUGUGUUUGAUGAAUACAAGAGGAUAUCGCAGAAGGAUAUUGAACAGAGCAUUAAAUCUGAAACAUCUGGUAGCUUUGAAGAUGCUCUGCUGGCUAUAGUAAAGUGCAUGAGGAACAAACCUGCAUAUUUUGCUGAAAGGCUUUAUAAAUCUAUGAAGGGUUUGGGCACUGAUGACAGCACCCUCAUUAGAGUGAUGGUUUCCAGAGCAGAGAUUGACAUGCUGGACAUCCGGGCUAACUUCAAGAGGCUCUAUGGAAAGUCUCUGUACUCUUUCAUCAAGGGUGACACCUCUGGAGACUACAGGAAAGUACUGCUCAUUCUCUGUGGAGGAGAUGAUUAAAAUAGAAUCCCAGAAGGUCGGAAGGAUUCUCAACACUCAAUUGUUUUUUAAACUUCAGUUUUUCUACACUGCUAUUAGCAUUAUCUGAGGAUGCUUAUUUCCAAUUAAAACGCCUACAGUUGCCUCCUAGGAUAUAGACUGUAUUAUUAUCAUCUAUAAUUAGUCAUUUUGAUGUUUUAGAGCUGUACUUGCAUUUUAAAGCUUAUAAGCCCUAAAUGGAGAUUUAAAAUUAGAAAUUAAAAUGUGUCCCAGGUUUU